AUUGCAUUAAAAAUAACUCAUAAAAAGUACAGAACAUUCCGUGCUAACAUGAAUGUUGCUGUUUUUUUUUACUUCCUCAUUUUUAAGUCAAUUAUUGCAUGCUGUUUGGAAAGGUGGCCAAAUGAUGAGGAACUUCACUUCUCUAAACAUCCUUCACCUCUCUGCUCAAAAAGACCUGACAAAAAGACUUUCUGCCUCUUCUGAAACACAAAGAUGGCUGCAGCUCUGACUCUCCUCCUCAUUGGCUGUCUGCUGCAAGGUGCCCUGUGUGGACAGUUUGAGAUCAUUAUACCAAAUACUAUAGAGGUUCUGAAGGGAUCCUGUGUGACAAUCCCCUGCUCCUUUGACGUAGAUGAUCAAUAUAAUGUCAACUUAGAUAACACAUGUAAAGCAUUAUGGAAAGAAAGUACUAAUGGACCUGCUGUGUUUGAUAGCAGUAAUCCACAACAGAAAGGACAAUUGAUUGGUGACCUAACAAAAAAAGACUGCACCACAACCCUGAAUGACAUGCAAAACAACAAAGUGUAUUUUUUUAGAUUGGACUGUUUCGGUGUAAAAUUAAAUUUUGAUGGUGUGAAAAUUUCAGUCACAGAUGAUCCACCCAGACCGACUCUGACUCCGCCCACACUGAAGGUGAAGGAGGGAACCUCAGUGAGUUUGACGUGCUCUGCUCCAGCUCCCUGUCUGUCUCUUCCUCCAAAUCUGACAUGGAGCCCCGGCCUGGGUGAAGGUCAGGAGACCCUGCAGGAGAAUCAAGACAAAACUAAAGUCAAGAUCUCUGUGCUGAACUUCAACGCAUCACACCUCCAUCACGGACAGGAAAUCUCCUGUACUGCUGUCUACAGAAAACAAGAUGGCAGCACUGAGUCAUCUGUGAACACCAGUUUAACAGCUAACAUUACAUAUUCACCCAAAAAAACCACAGUGUCGGUCAGUCUGUCCGGUCCAAUACGACAAGACAACAUUAUGACUCUGACCUGUAGUAGCAGUACCAACCCAGCUGUAAAGAACUACACCUGGUACAGAGCUGAUGGAGGCCAGGAGACUUUUAUGGGGACUGGACGCGUUUUAACUGUCAAAGCUUCAAAUGUCAGCGGCCAUAUUUUCUGCAAGGCUGAAAAUGAACUGGGGAGUGGACGAUCUGACAACAAACACAUAGAUGUUCAGCGUCUUCAGGAUAACUGUGGACCCUACAGUGGAAUUCUCUUCUGGGCUGUUACUGGAGUGUCUCUCAUUGUGAACAUCGUCCUCACAAUCUGCAUGAUGUUUCUUUGGAAACAAAGAGAGAGCAUGAAGCCAAAAGAAGAGGACAGCACUUACAUGGCAUUGGAUCAUACUAACAGAUCUCGAGACUAUGAUGUCAUUGCCAAUCGUCAUACCUGAUUAUUUGAAGACAAUGCUCUCUCUCUGUCUCCCUCUCUCGCUCUGUUCUUCCUGCAUUGCUUUAAAUAUCGACUUUGAGAUAUGAAUGUGAUAUUUCAAUAUUCUGCAGGGUGUUUGGCACAAUACAUGAUGAAUUCUCAGUAAUUUCACAUAAUAUUUUCUCUAUGAAGCCUCUGAUGUCCAAUUCUGGAGAGAUAUUGAUCAUGAAUUAUGGAUAAGUUUGAGGUGAUGGUUUUCACUUUUGUUUGUAUUGAAGCUCUGCUAAUCAAGAUUUUUAUUUUUUAUUGAAAAAGUAAAUGGUUUAUCAAAAGAGAUGCACAUUGAAUCAAUCCAAGAUAUGGAAACAUUGGUACAGUUGUAUCCUCUGGGGACGCUGUUUUUAUCUAUUUAGUGAUUUUAUACCAUGCAUUGCAUUUAAGUUACAGGUUUUUAUACUGUGCUUUGUAUUUCAUGUAUCUUGUAUUGUAUUUUAUGUCUUUUGGAUUUUCUGAUUUGGACCCUGAGUCUGUAAUAAAGUUUUGAUUCAUUCA